GAGAUAUGUCAUAAUGCUCUUAAGUGAAAAUGUGUAAUAAUUGUUUUCGAACGUGUCUCUUCAAAAAUUUUGUAAAAUAGAGGCAAUCAAAAAAUCAGAAAUCCUGUGAAUAUAUAUAUUUUUUAGAAAAUAACAGGCAUCAAAUAAGGUAUAACAAAGGUUCGCGCCCGGUACUUUGAAUUGGGAACUCUUUUACCAUGCCUGAGCUUCAACAGAGGCGCUCUUAUCCGUAUCCUGUCAGGGCCGUUAAGUUACCUCGAAGAUUUGCUCCUAGAUCAGACACUCUACCUGAGUUAGAAACCGGAUCAACGAUUGCUCCCUAUAUGUGAAGCUCUUAGCUUCUUUUGGGCUUCUAUCGGAACAAGCGGUCCCAUUCCGCCCUAGUGAAUGCUCUUUGGUGGAGGAUCCUUUGAUUUGCAACCAGUCCAUAAUUUGUGUUUGCCCGGAAAAACUGUCUUCUCUAGUAACUCCGGCCGUUUUAAGCCAACCCAUCUUAUCACCGAUUUCUCCAGGGCAGAUCAUCUUCUCAACUACUGGGAACCAGUUUCGUCUAGAAUAAAAAAUAAUUUCGUGAUGUCUUUGUUGGACGAUCUGCAUACGAGCUACAAAUGGAUUUUGUCAAAUUGCGAAAACCUGUUAGCUACAGGUAAUCUGGAAAUAAAAUCAGAAACAUUCACAUUGGUCGAAAAUCAGGAAAUAGAGUGGUGUUUAGUCUUAAAAUGUGUUGAAAGUGAAUCAGGGGUAUGCCAUUGUAGUUUUCAUGGUAGGUGGAACUGUGUUCAAAAUCGUGAUCGGAUUUUUUCACUUUACCUUCAAAAUUGUAAAUCAGACAAAGAACCUGUUUUAUUGAAUGUUGAUUUUUCCAUUUUAAACGCUGAUCGUGAUAAAGUAUUUACUCGAAAAGAAAAAAUUGCAGGUGUGAUUGUUAAUGGUCAAAAAUACGGGUUUGACAAAUUUAUUUCUGAAACUGUAUUGUUUUCCAAUUUGUUGGUAGAUAAAGGCCUUAUAAUUCUGUGUGAAAUUAAACCAAUCAACGAAGGCGGUUCGGGAAAUUUACUUUUUUUAAAAGGAUUCGAUGCCUCCAUUAACGAUGAAACUUUUAGCGAUGCUGUACUUUUUUUAGAUGAAAAAAAGAUAUAUGCCCACAAAAUGAUUCUUUCCUCUAGAAGUCCAGUAUUUCGACAAAUGUUUUUAACCAAUAUGAAAGAAUCGAAUUCUAAUGAAGCCAGGGUAAAGAAUAUUAGGAUCGAAGUUUUCAACGAAUUACUAAGAUUUAUGUAUACGGGAAAAGUUGAAAAAUUAAAUGAACUAUGCUUGGACAUUUUUAGAGCAGCCCAUUUUUAUCAAAUCGACGAUCUUACGUUAAUUUGCGAAAACGUUUUGCGAAAGACGUUAAAAAUCGAAAAUUCUAUAGAUAUUUUGAAACUCAGCGAUGAAUACGAUGCAGAAUCUUUGAAAAAGUAUUGUGUAGUUUUUAUUAUGAAAAAUUUUAAGGCUGUGAUGAAAACACCUUCAUAUCUGAAUUUGUAUAAAACACACCCGCAUCUUCCUUUCGAAUUGUUGAACGAAAUGGGAGCAAAAUAAUUUUUUAAACUAGUUGAAAUGAUACAGUUUGUAAAAAUUGUCUUUUGUAAUUUUCUGUCGAAUUUUCAAUAUUUUU